AUGUCGUCGUCAAUCCAGCUUUUAAACCCAAAGGCAGAGUCGUUGAGACGUGAUCAGGCACUCCAAGUCAACAUUGCCGCUGCUCAAGGCUUGCAGCUGGUAUUGGCUUCCAACUUGGGUCCUAAAGGUACCUUGAAACUCUUGGUGGACGGAUCAGGAAACUUGAAGUUAACCAAGGAUGGAAAGGUGUUGUUGUCGGAAAUGCAGAUCCAGCACCCUACAGCAGUUAUGAUUGCACGUGCUGCCACUGCUCAGGAUGAGAUUACCGGAGAUGGAACCACGACGGUGGUUUUGUUGGUGGGAGAGUUGUUGAAGCAGGCUGAACGUUAUAUUAGCGAGGGUGUGCACCCCCGUGUGUUGGUGGAUGGCUUCGAGACUGCUCGUGAGGCUUCAUUAGAGUUUUUGGACAAGUUCCGUGUUAUUCCAGAGAGUUUCGACAGAGAAUUUUUGCUACAGGUUGCAAGAACAUCAGUGGCCACCAAAGUGACACCAGAAAUCACAGAUGUGUUGGCACCAAUCGUCACCGACGCUGUUCUCUCCGUCAAGGGCGAGGAGAACAACCAGUUGGACUUGCACAUGGUCGAAAUCAUGACCAUGCAGCAUGGAAAUGCCACGGAUACCUCUUUAAUCAAGGGUUUGGUGCUAGACCAUGGCGCUAGACACCCCGACAUGCCUCGUCGGGUGAAAAACGCCUAUGUUUUAACUUUGAAUGUCUCUUUGGAGUAUGAGAAGACUGAAGUCAACUCGGGUUUCUUCUACUCAUCCGCAGAGCAAAGAGAGAAAUUGGUGGCUUCGGAGAGACAGUUUGUGGACGCCAAGUUGAAGAAGAUUGUGGACUUGAAGAACCAGGUUUGCGACCUCGAUAGUGACUGUGGCUUUGUGAUCAUCAACCAAAAAGGUAUUGAUCCUAUGUCGUUGGACGUCUUGGCCAAACACAACAUUUUAGCCUUGAGAAGAGCAAAGAGAAGAAAUAUGGAGCGUUUGCAGUUGAUUGUUGGUGGAGAGGCUCAGAAUUCCGUGGACGACUUGUCACCAGAAAUUUUGGGUCGUGCUGGAUACGUGUACGAGGAAAGCAUUGGCGAAGACAAAUUCACUUAUAUCACUGAAUGUCCCGAGUCCAAGUCAGCCACUAUUCUAAUCAAGGGACUGACCAACCAUGUCUUGCAGCAAACCAAGGAUGCUGUGCGUGAUGGAUUGAGAGCAGUUGCCAACGUUCUUAAGGAUGGGUCUAUUGUUCCUGGAGCAGGUGCAUUUUUCUUGAGCUGCAACCAUCAGUUGUUGGAGUCUAAAACAGCAAAGGGACGUUCCAAACCUGGUAUAAAGGCUUUCGCUGAGGCUCUACUUGUUGUUCCUAAGACAUUAUCCGGAAAUGCUGGUCUUGACUCUUUGGAGACCGUUUCCGAAUGUCAGGACGAGAUUGCAGAGGGCCAUGUCGUGGGAAUCGACUUGGCUUCAGGAGAGCCUAUGGAUCCUUCGUUGGAAGGUGUUUGGGACUCGUAUCGUGUGUUGAGAAACGCCAUCCUGGCCGCCACGGGCAUCGCCUCCAACCUUCUACUUUGUGACGAGCUCUUGAAAGCAGGAAAGUCGUCGUUGAAGGGUCAGGGCGGUCCACAGGGAGCCCCACAGGGUAUGCCACAAGGCAUGCCAGGGAUGAUGUAA